AUGGAAAAAAGCCUUAAUCCUGUCUUAAAAUAUCAUAAAAAAUUGAAAUAAUAGAAAUAGUAAAAAAGAAAAGAAGCACAUGAAAAACAGAAGAAAUACGAACGAAUGAAAUAAGAGAAAUUGUAAAAGAAGUAAUAGCAGGAUGCAGAAAAAUAGUAAGAUCCAGAGGAAGAAUCAUAAGAAGAAUAAAUAGUAAAAGAAAAUGCAUAGGAGAUAAUAAUUGAACCCCCAAUAAAUUUAGAAUAAAUAAAAGAUGAAAAAAUUAAAGUACCAGGUUAUUCAUAAGAAUUUUCAAAAAAAGCUAUAGAAAUAAAUAGAGCAUUUUUAGAUCCUUAAAAAAGAAAAUAUGUUCCAUCAUAUGAAACAAGGAUUGCAUCUUCAAUUAAUGAUAAACAGUUAGAAUAUUAAGCUAAACCUAAUGAGAAAAUAUAUAAAAGUAUGAAUAAUAUUAAUAAACUAGAUGCUGAUGGAGUGAUUAUUACAGAUGAAGUAUUAAAAAUAUUCGGAGGUAAAAUAGAUCCUUCAAAAAUAAAAAUUGGUUAUAAAUAGAAAUAAAUUUAAACUUAACAUUCUACAUAUGAUCCAUUUAGUAAAGUAACAGAAUAGAUGAACUUUGAUUAUAUUAAAAAUUUAGAAGAAUAGUUGUUACCAUAACCUCCAAUCUAACCUUUAGUUGAAAAAGAAGAACCUUAAAUCUAGAAAAAAAUAUUCUUACCUGAUGAAGAAUAGGUUGAAAAAAAACCAAUUUGUCCAGAUGUAAUAAUAAAGGAAAGUACUGUUAAAAAAUCUAAGAUUGAUUUAGCAAAUUAAUCAGUUCCUUUAAUACCACUUCAUUUAUAAAGGAAACAAAAUUUAUAAUAGUAACAAAAUAUUUAAUAAUAAUAAUAAUAGUAAUAAUAAUAAUAAUAAUAAUAAUAAUAAUAAAAACAGAAUUUGUUGUAAUCCUAAUAAUAAUAUCAUUAAUAAAUUAAACAAUAAUAAAUUAUUAACAAUCAGGAUAAUUUUAGAUAAAUAGUAAAAGAAAGUCAAAUGAAGAAAAAACCAGAAGAUGCAUUUUUAGAUUUCAUGAAGGAUCUCGAAAAGUUGUGA